AUGUCGCCCACCCUCCAUCCAGAGCGAGCACGGGUUGGCGCCCCAUUAAUCUCCGGUUCUUGGCAGGGCAGUCCCACUCUGCUGCACAGGCCCCAACCUCCGACGAACAUUGAAGUUCGGCCCGCAGCCGCCGAGCCAACCUCUCUUUCGUCCCGACUUCUUUUAACCAGUUUUCUCAAUUACCACUUCAUUGACCUAUCUACGGCCGAGAAGCAGGUCCGCCGCCAGACUCUCGACAAAUAUGCGCUUUACGCCCAGCUGUCCGUCUUGGCUCUCGUGGCUAUCCUCCCGAUAUCCCGUCUAUGGAAGCAGCAGUCCAAGGCUGGCGCAUCCGAAGGCCGUUAUGCGCCUGUACCGAGCUCUCCGAUAUUGAAGGAGCGUAGGAACAGCAAUGUGGCGACUUGGAGUUCUCGGUCUAGGAGGCUUCAAUGGUGGUUGGGUGAGGAUGUUGUGGUGGCCGGACUCGGAGUCGUUGCCAUCUCACAAUGGCCGCUCCAAUAUCUCCUGGAACUCAAGUCACUUAACCCUGUCGCCUUCCUCCUCCAGUCGUCUCACGAGCAGGUCAACCGCUGGCACAGGGUCAUGGCGCGGGUCACAGCCGCCUUGCUGUCCCUCCAUGCAGGCCUCUACCUCAACUUUUUCGUCGAGAGAGACCGUCUCGACCGACUGGGUGAGCCCGUGGUUUUAUCGGGGGUCAUAGGCUUCGGCGGCUUGCUCUUGCUUGCUACGACAGCUCUCCGGCCGGUUCGCAGGUAUUCGUACCGGCUGUUCUUCAUUAUCCACUUCCUUGCGGGAAUCAUCGUUCCCGCGCUCAUCGUCAUCCAUGCCACCCCGGCCAGAACGUUUCUGUUCGAGUCCCUUGGUGUAUUCUUCCUCGACCUGAUCUCCCGCAAGAUGGACACAGUGACAGGGCACGCCACGGUUGAAUCGAUUUCAGGCACGAAUCUCGUCAAGGUCUCGGCCAGCAUACCCUAUUCCAAGGUCAACCGCUUCCGUACGCGUCCCGGUUCCCAUAUCUACCUCAGCAUUCCGGCCGCAGCUCGUAAAUCGAUGAGUGCCGCGUCGGCUUCGCACCUUUUGUUCGAAUUUCUCUUCAACCCCUUCACGGUUGCGGCCGUGGACGAAGAGAGCCCGGAUUUGACCUUGGUUGCCCGCCAUUGUAGUGGGCCCAUGACUGCGGCUCUCAGGAGAUUCGCGGGCGUCGCGAAGCCUACCAAUGCCAACGUUGCGGACGAGGACAAGAUACCUCUGUCGAUCGAAGGUCCCUACGGCGCGGCCAGCCGCCUCUCACAACUACGUACCGACUUCGACCGGAUCCUGCUUGUUGCCGGCGGCGUUGGUGCUACUUUCACCCUCCCAUUAUACCGCGCCAUCACCAACAACAACCCGACGGCGAGGGUGGAGAUGGUGUGGGCCGUUCGGUCGGCGGGCGACGCGACGUGGGCCGUAACUGGGAAGGAAGGCCAGACGCUCCUGAAGGACGACAAUAUCCACAUAUUCAUCACGGGCGAUGCCUCCGAUCCGGAAGGAACAGAGUUCUUGAGGCAGAGAGCGGCUGCUAGCCGCACUGACGAUGGCGCAGACGCCGGUGAGGUCGAAAUGAGCACUAUGCAUAGGGACGCUCGCCGCGCACGGCACACCUCGCAGCACAACCGAAAGCGGCCCGACAUCCAGAAGAUUGUCGACGAUCUGUUCAGGUAUGGCCACGAGGAGCGGGUUGCGGUGCUUGUGUGCGGUCCUAGCGAGAUGGCUAAGGAGCUGAGGGCACACCUCGGCGUCUGGGUCCACAGGGGGCGGUCGGUUUGGUAUCACAAGGAGGGCUUUGGGUUCUAG